UUUACUAAUUGGAAUGUGAAUUGUGUUCAGAAAUAUUUCAUGUUCAUAUUUUGGAUUCUAAAUUUUGCUGCAAGAAGUUGUCAUUUACUGUGGGAUUCCUGUUGUGCGAAUUUGCCUCUUAAUGGUGUAACUGUUGUUGCUAUUAUCUACUUAUUCGGAAGGAGAAAGAUUGUGGGACUUAACUGGUGCCAUAACCAGGGAAAUAACAACUUCAUAAUGAACUUUGUUUGACUUAAAAAUUAUAUAUGUUGUAUUAAUUAGUUACAUAUAUGGAUUAAGUAUCCUAGGAUAAUGAGUAUGUGCUGACAUGAUAUUUCUUUCACUUUAGUGUACUCAUUAAUUAACCGAUGAAUUUUGUUUGUCCUUUUCAAUUUUUUUCUUCCACUAAUAGCAAAAGAUGAAAAUGAUGUAUGAUUAUACCUGUCAUACAGAAUAACCUUUCGAAGCACUGUCCUAUUGCAAAAAUUAUUAUGAUUAUGCUUUUGUUGCUGAGAUAAUGAAUAAUGUGAUUGGGAUUUGCUCAUGUUGCUUAGUGAGAUUUUCUGUUUAUUUCUAGUGAUCACUCUAGAAGCUACAAAACCAUUAGGUUGCUUUCUCUUAUGUGAAACUUGCACCUCCAUUACUUUGAUCAAGGUACAUAUAGGUCAAUCAGGAACAUCAAUUGUGGCACGCACAGCAGAAGCACUUCCUUAUUGGCAAUAUUGAUGAAAACAUACAAAAUUUUCUCUUUAUGAGUUGGCAACUGAAAAGUUGGAAAUGGCCAUGUCUUAAGUUAUGUGGUACUAAUAAAUGGCUUCCGAUGAUAGCUAGCAUGUGCACUGCUAAAUAUUGACACUUCAGAGUUGCUCCCGAUGCUAGCUUCAUGGGUUCACCAAUGGGCUGUGAUGUUUGUUUGUCUAGGAUGUUGUUGAGCUGCAGUUUAUUAUUUGAGUCUCCACUGAGCAGAAAAAGAUAUUAUCACAAAGUGAUCAAUUGUAGUCGUCAUUGCCAAGUAUUGACAUUGAUGAACUGGUCAAGAUAUUAGGAGUCAACAACAUCUACUAUGUGAUUGCCACGUUUACUGCUUUUGGCCUUUAUGCCAAAGAAGAGUGGGAUCUUCAAGAAAAAUGAAGUCGUCUUUAUUUCUCCUACUGGAGAGGAAAUACAUAACAGAAAGCAGCUGGAGAAGUACAUCAAAGCCACUCCUGGCAGUCCAGCAUUAUCAGAGUUUGAUUGGGGCACUGGUCAGACCCCAAGGAGAUCAGUGAGGAUUAGUGAGAAGGUAAGGGCAGCACCCGCCCCAGAAAGUGAACCAGCAAAAAAACGAAGCAGAAAAUCAUCAGCUACAAAGAAGGAUAAGGAAGACACAGAAGUUAGCCCUAAAGGAGCUGAGGAAACCAAAGAAGUUGAGAUAGAAGGUACAGAAAAUCUUUUAGAGGAUAAUCUUGAUGUUGGGAAUAAGGAUUUGAAGGAUAAGGAAGAUGAGAAUAAAACGCAGGAUGCCACAAUGGAAGCUGCUGCUCCUGAAGAAGCCAAACUUGGAGAAAGCAUUGGCACAUCUAAUUUCAAAGCAGGCAAGGAACAUGUUGAAACAGAAACUGAAAUGUCAAAUCUCAAGGAGAUUGAAGGUGAUUGCUCUAGUGAGAAGGAAAAGAAGGACAAGGAGAUUGCAGAAGCCAAAGAAAAUGCUAACCUGCCACAUAUUGAGGCUGAGAAAAAGACGGAUUCUGGGGAAAAGAAGAAUAAACUUGAAGAAGAUAAAGAGAAUACAAUGUGAUAGCUCCCUAACCUGAGGAAGAAAUUAAGAAGGAAUCAGAAAGCGACAAAUAUUAAGAGAACACCAGUGCAGAUCUCAUAUGGAGUAGCAGGUUCGGAGAUGAGGUAAUUGUGAAUUGCAGAAGUUGUGGCAACACUGACGGAGUCAAGCCUUGAGGGGUUAACAACAUAGAUUAACUUGAUUUAGGUACCAUGUUGCCCAGGUUAUGCCUUUCAGAUUUAAAGUUCCUCAAAAACUGAUGUAGUUUGAUGUUUUCAUCACAGCAGUCUGAUUAUUUAUUGAGACAUUUGUCUAUACAUAGGUAGGUGCCAAAUGUAAUUAUGUUUCUGUUGUAGUGAAGAUACUUUGUAGCUUGCUCGAGUCUGUAACAACAUGAUGUCAUACUGUAGAAAGUGAUGUUGUGCAGUAAUAUAAUAAGCUAGAUUCAAUUGCCUAUUCA